AUGUUGUUUCAUCGACAGCUGACUGUCUCCAAAGAUUUUUCCUUGUCUCUGGGCGCCCCAUCACUCCUCAUCAGAGGAGAGGAGAUUGUGUUGGAAGUGAAGAUCAUCAACCAUUUGGAGCAGGAGAUGGAUGUCAUCGUGCUGCUAGCACAGAGCAAGUCCUUUGAGUUUGUUCUGACACACCGAAAAGAUGCAUCUGUUAUCAAUGCUCAGAAAGUCACCGUGGAGAGUCACGGCUCUGCUUCAGCUCUGUUCCCUGUGAGGCCUUUGGCUCUGGGUGAGGUGGAGAUAUCUGUGGAUGCCGUGUCUGCAGAGGCCUCAGACAGUCUUGUUUGGAGAGUGAUGGUGAAGCCCGAGGGAGUUGAACAGUACUUCUCUCAGACGCUGUUCCUGGAGAUGGAACCGGAGAAACGGAACAAAUCCACAGCCCUCUCCUUCUCCUUCCCCCCAAAUGUGGUGCCCGGCAGUCAGAGGGCCCGUGUGGUACUGGCUGGCGAUAUCCUGGCUUUGUCCAUCAACAACUUGGGUUCACUGGUUCAGCUGCCGCUUGGAUGUGGGGAACAGAACAUGAUCCACUUUGCUCCAAGUGUAUAUGUUAUCCAGUACCUGGACACUUCAAACCAGGAUGACCAAGAGCUCAGGAGAAAGGCUCUAGCUUACAUGAUGGAAGGUUAUCAGAAACAGUUGUCCUACCAGAGAGAAGACGGUUCCUUCAGUGCUUUUGGAAACAGCGACACCUCUGGCAGCACAUGGCUGACGGCCUUUGUGCUGCGCUGCUUCCUCCAGGCUCAGCCCUACGUGAAGAUAGACCAGAGCGUCCUGGACAGGGCUGUGUCUUGGCUCUUAAAACGCCAGGGCCCCCAAGGAGAGUUCAGUGAGGUGGGCAGACUGAUCCACACCGAGAUGCAGGGAGGGCUGGAUAAGGGCCCGGUGGCGCUGACGGCUUAUGUCCUGAUUGCACUUAUGCAGGAUGAAAUCUACACAGAGAUACACGAAGCCAGUGUGUUUCUGGCCAGAAAGUACCUGGAGGACAAAGUGUCCAGUGAAGUGAUCAGUAACUACAGCCUGUGUCUGACGGCUUACGCUUUAGCUUUGGUCAACAGUCCCGUCUCUUUCACCGCACUGACUCAACUCGGCAAGAGAGCGGACUACAUCGAUGGAGUGAUGAUGUGGAGUUCGUCUGCAGGCUCGAGGUCACGUAACCAGAAGCUGCCCUCAGCACAGAUCGAGAUGGCCUCGUAUGUGCUGCUAGCUCACAUCAACCGUGGCUCACUCUUUGAUGGCAUUACACAAAUGAAGUGGUUAAGCACACAGAGAAACCAUCUAGGAGGCUACGGAACAACACAGGACACAGUAGUAGCUCUCCAGGCUCUGGCUUCCUACGCAGCGUUCAGCGGCGCCAAUGCCAUCAACCUCAUGGUCAGUGUGUCUUCUCCAGAAUCUUCAUCACUGUUUCGAAUCAACGCCACCAACUAUCGAACAUAUCAAAGUCAAGAGAUUCCUGCUGAAAACGAUCUGCAUCUAAAAAUAUCCAUGGAAGGCAGAGGCUUUGCCACAUUUCAGCUGAACGUCUUUUACCACUUGGAGAGGGAAACUUUUGCAGAGAACCACCAGCAAGCUGCGGACGAAGCUUUCUCAUUACGCAUCGAUGCUGCUGAUGGCAGCGACCGCAAUCACAUGAUGUUGUCUGUAUGCACAAGAUUAAAGGACAGUCAGCUGAUACCUCACACAGGUAUGGUUAUAUUGGAUGUAGGCCUGCUCAGCGGGUUCCCACUCUCUCCUGAGGCUGCUGUCCAAUCAGCUGUUAUCAGGAAGGUGGAGACGGCACCUGAGAAAGUCAUCCUGUACCUGGAUUCACUCAACAAGUCAGAGGUUUGUAUCAACCUUCCCCUCGUCAGAAACUACAAAGUGGCCCGCGUGCACGACGCUGUGGCACGCGUUUACGACUACUAUGAGCCAACGAGAAACGCGAUGAGCACGUACAAUUCGCGAGGUCUGCCCGGCAUGGACUCCUGCUUCUUCUGUGGUGCAAACUGUGAUCUCUGCAGGCCUGGAAUCACCAUCACCAUGUCCGCUCAGUCGAUGGCUGCCUACAGCUUCAGCUGCCUGUUUCUCGGACUCACUGUUUUUCUUGUUUUAGUCGGUUAGAUGGACUUGGAGGCACACAUUCAUAUGUACUGGAUAUAUAUAUGUGUCUUUUAUACAAAACUCAUUUUGGCCUCAUUCU